CCAACACCUCCGCACUCCUCAUCCAACAGAACGACACUCGAGUCACAACUGCCCACACGAUGAGCGCAAGCCCUGCCCCUAGAGAAGACUGGAUUCCAGCUGCCCCCGAGUCAUUCAACCUCAAGCAGCAAUCAGUCGCCGUUCCCGGAUCGGAAAAGGAGGGAUUCACUCCCAUUUACCGCAACGCAGCCGUCCCUGAGCUCUCCACCCGCGAGACCUACUACGAUGUCUUCAACAUCGGACGCGAAAAGGCACACAACAAACAUUGUCUCGGAUGGCGCCCCUUUGACUUUGCCACUGGUACCUUCCUGACAAAGUACGUCUGGCUCACCUACGAUGAGGUUGAAGAGCAGAGGACAGCCGUCGCCUCCGGUCUUGCCCACCUCGCCGCAUCUGGCAAGCUGGGCCAAGGCCUGCCAAAGACCAAGUGGACCGUAGGCAUCUGGUGCCAGAACCGACCAGAGUGGCAGAUCAUCGACUUUGCAAACGCAGCCCAUAAUCGCCAGACUGUAGGUCUGUACGACACUUACGAUGACGAUUCGGCCCUGUACGUCCUCAACCACUCCGAGGCAAAGGUUUGCUUCACUACCACUUCACAUAUCUCGACUCUGCUUGGCUCGUCCGACAAGCUCCCCCACCUCCGUGCCAUUGUACUCCUCGACCUAUUGCGAACCGAGAACUUGCCGCAGGGUGAGCUCAGCAGGCAGCAGCUUGCGCGUCAAUGGGCUGCACAAAAGGGAAUCGAGGUCCUCAGCUUCUCGGAUGUCCUUCAGCUAGGCCGAUCCAACCCGACAGCUCACGAGCCUCCCAAGGACAACAGCGAAAUCAGUGGCUACUGCUACACUUCGGGCACCACUGGCAGGCCCAAGGCCGCCCUCGUCGCCCACCAUCAGCUGGCACUCGCUUCUGGCUGCACACCCCUCACCGGCUUUGCAGCGGAUGACGACGAGACGAUGAUCAGUUACCUCCCCUUGGCACACAUCUUUGGCCGCUUCCUCGAGGCUUGCAUGUUCCGUCGCGGCGCCAGGAUCGGCUACUUCGGAGGCGAUGUCGCCAAGCUCGUUGAGGACGCCCAGGUCCUCCAGCCCACCCUCUUCCCGGGCGUUCCUCGCGUCUUCAACCGCAUCGCUGCGCAGAUCCAAUUCCAGGUGGACGGGCCAGGCCUCAAGGGCAAGCUGCUCCGCACAGCCGUCAAUGCCAAGAUUGCCAACCACGAUGAGGAUGCCUCGGUCACGCACGCGCUGUGGGACCGCGUCGUCUUCAAGAAGGUGCAGGCCAUUCUCGGCGGCAAAGUCAAGUCGAUGGUCAGCGGCUCUGCUCCCAUUCGCCCCGAGGUGAUCCGUUUGCUGCGCGUCUGCUUCGCUUGCGACUUCCGUGAAGGGUACGGUCAGACGGAGAACACGGGCUGCUGUCUCAUCAUGAUGCCAGGUGACAAGAGCCUUGGAUCAUGCGGUGCUCCUCAGCCUGGCUGUGAGGUCCGACUCAAGGAUGUGCCUGAGCUUGGGUACCGUUCAACGGACAAGCCCUGGCCCCGAGGUGAGCUUCUCAGUCGUGGUCAGACUACCUUCCCCGGCUACUACAAGGACCCUGAAAAGACCAAGGAGACAAUCGACGAGGACGGCUGGCUCCACUCGGGCGAUGUUGCUGCCUUUGACGACCUGAGCCGAUUCCGUAUCAUCGACCGAGUCAAGAACCUGGUCAAGCUCGCGCAGGGAGAGUACGUCGCCAUCGAGAACGUUGAGCAGACUCUCAGCUCCAACAAGUUCACGGCUCAGACCUGGCUCUAUGGCGAUUCGCUGCAGGCUCAUCUCGUUGCCGUUGCCGUGGUCGACCCAGAGACCUUUGCUCCCCUUGCUUCUAGCGUGACGGGCAAGCAGCUCACCUCGUCCGACCUCAAGGGCCUCGAGGAGGUGUGCAGCGACGAGAAGGUGGUCAAGGCCGUGCUCGACGAGUACACGCGCAUCGCAAGGCAGCGCAAGCUUGCUGGCUUCGAGUACAUCAAGAAUGUCAAGCUGCGCGUCGAGCCCUUCACGGUGGAGAAUGGUUUGAUCACUCCGACGUUCAAGAUGAAGAGGCCAGAGGCGAAGAAGAUUCUUGCAAAGGACCUCGAGGAGCUCUACGCCAAGGAGCCGGCGAACACGUCGUCGAAGCUUUAAGAUUGGAAAAGGAUCCACUUCGCAAUCUCGCUCAUUCCCUUCUUCUGCGACUACCCCUUCCCCUACUAAACACGCGUUUCCAUCAUGUAUGCUUUCUCACGAUGCAGAUUCACGAAGACAUCAAACUUUCCGCCAGCCCCAAUGUAAGCACGUCUGCCAAGCCGAAGCCGCUCCCUCCCUUGUCCCCAUUGUCCCCCUCGAUCAAGCCCCGUCUCUUCAUCUCUCCCACAAUCGCCGGCCCCGUAUCCGCAAUGGUGUCUACCACCUUGAUCCCCACCUCCUUCCACGCCUCGCGCUUCUGCUCCGCCGAGUUGAUCCCAUCACGCCACACGGCACCGGAGUGGCCGAAUGUCUGACCCGGAGGCACAUUGCGGCCAGAGAUGAAGCCCACGAUAGGCUUUAUCGGCUCGCCCGUCUCGGCGUUGAGGUAGCCGUUGCUGUGGAGGAGGUCGAUGGCUUCUUCCUCCAUGACCCCUCCCACUUC